AUAUUUAUGAGAUUAAAACUAAAAGCAGAGUGACCCCCCAUUAAUUAGUGGGAUUCUCAUUCUGGUUCCACCACCAAUGUGAAUGCCACCUUCCCGGAAUUCUUUUUUCCCGUUGCUUCCCUCUCAAUGCUUAGUGGGACCCUUGCACUAACCAAUCGCUCGUUUCCCUUCAUCUUCAAAACGUACAUUCAACUUCUUCUACUUUCACAUCUUAAUUUACUCAUGCUGGCUUUGCAGCAGCCAUGGCUGAGACGAGUGAUCGGUAGUUGCGGGCCUAUCUAUCCGAAAUAAUAAACAAGUGAUUGUAGUUACAGUCUAUUAUGAAGUUUCUGUGGCAGGGACAUUUAAUAGGCUUUGGUUUCUUGCUGUCUUCAGUUCUUUCCAAAUGGAUCAAUAAACAGCUCCAAAAACAGGGCAAGAGGUCACCUAAUGAAUACUCGUUGGAAAUUGAAGACAGUUGCAUAUGUGGAGCUUUUUUAAGUUGGCAUCCUCUAAAGCUAACCAUGCGCUGUGUAACACUUCUCAUCCUGCUGAUAAUCAGUUCUUCAUCCAUGGAACCUGAUGUGGAAGGUGAAGCUUUGAUUGAAUUUCUAAAGGCACUCAACGAUUCCAAUAGUCAAAUAACAGAUUGGAAUAAUCAUUUUGUGAGUCCAUGCUACAGUUGGUCCCAUGUCACUUGUAGAGAUAGAAAUGUCAUAUCCCUGAGCCUUGGCUCAAAUGGACUUUCAGGAUCGCUUUCACCUUCAAUUACUAAACUGAAAUUUUUGGUUAGCUUGGAAUUACAGAACAAUAAUCUAUCUGGUGUGCUACCUGAUUAUCUUGCCAACAUGACACACCUUCAAAAUAUAAAUCUUGCAAAUAACAAUUUCCAUGGCUCUAUUCCUGUCCCUUGGGGUCAGCUUUCCAGCCUAAAGCAUUUGGUAUUGAGAGGAAAUCACUUAUCUGGACCCAUUCCUGAUUCCAUUGCAAACAUUACUGGGUUGACAGAACUGGAUCUUUCAUCUAAUGGCUUGUCCGGAAGAAUCCCAGUGCAACUCUUUUCAAUUCUGUCAUUUAACACACCCCCGGGCUCUACUAUGAAAGGAACAUGUAACAGUUUUACAGGAACAAGUCUUGCUUGUGGUACUAGCUUGGAGCAACCUUGUGUUUCUAGCUCUCCUCUUCCAGUUUCCACCAGAAAGUCGAAACUUGGAGUGGUGGUAACUUUUGCAAGUUGUGCUGCAUUCCUACUGUUGUCACUUGGGGCCAUUCUUGCAUACGGAUACCAUUAUUAUGUCCACAAACUCAAACAUGAUGUCUUUGUUGAUGUUGCAGGUGAAGAUGAUCGUAAAAUUUCCUAUGGCCAACUGAAAAGAUUGUCUUUGCGUGAACUCCAACUUGCAACUGACAAUUUCAGUGAAAGCAACAUAAUUGGACAAGGAGGCUUUGGAAAAGUUUAUAGAGGUGUCCUCUCAGACAACACAAAGGUUGCUGUGAAACGCCUUACAGAUUAUUACAGUCCUGGUGGAGAGGCUGCAUUCCAAAGAGAAGUUCAACUUAUAAGUGUUGCAGUUCACAGGAACCUAUUGCGGUUGAUAGGGUUUUGUACAACCUCGUCUGAGAGGAUCCUUGUUUAUCCAUUCAUGCAAAAUCUUAGUGUUGCAUACCGCUUAAGAGAUUUAAAACCUGGAGAGAAAGGGUUGGACUGGCCUACAAGGAAACGUGUGGCUUUCGGUGCAGCUCAUGGGUUGGAGUAUCUACAUGGGCAUUGUCAUCCAAAGAUUAUACAUCGUGAUCUAAAGGCUGCAAAUAUCCUAUUAAAUGAUGAUUUUGAACCUGUUCUAGGGGAUUUUGGGCUGGCAAAGCUGGUUGAUGCAAAAUUGACUCAUGUUACCACUCAAGUACGUGGCACCAUGGGUCACAUUGCCCCAGAAUAUUUGUCCACCGGAAAAUCAUCAGAAAAGACGGAUGUGUUUGGAUAUGGUAUAAUGCUUCUAGAACUUGUCACCGGUCAGCGUGCAAUAGAUUUAUCUCGGCUUGAAGAGGAAGAGGAUGUUCUUCUGCUUGAUCAUAUCAAGAAGUUACAGAGAGAAAAUAGGCUGGAUGACAUUGUGGAUAGGAACUUGAAGAGUUAUGAUCCCGGAGAGGUUGAGAACACUGUUAAGGUUGCCGUGCUCUGCACUCAAAGCUCACCUGAGGGGCGUCCAGCAAUGGCACAAGUGAUAGAAAUGCUGGGGGGAGUGGGUCUGGCGGAGAGAUGGGCCGAGUGGGAGGAGCUUGAAAAAGUAAGGAGUCGAGAGCUCCCUCUCAUCUCUCACAAUUUUACUUGGGCUGAAGAGUCAACGCACGAUCCAGAAGCUAUCCGGUUGUCCGAAGCGAGAUGAGAUGGUUACCAUAUAUGGCCAAUGUAUUUACUACACAAAAUUAACUUGUGUUGGCGCUAGUAUUUUGUACCUAUGAAAUAUUGACAAUUACAUCUUGUGGUGAAAAAUGUAUUCAAGGGAGCAUCAUCAGCAGCCGAUCCGUCACUAUCCUCGUUAUCAUUACUAUCCUUUGGCACAAAA